AUGGCCGGCGGCGAUCGAGGCGUUGAGGCGGCAAUGGGAGUCGGCGAUCGAGGCGUUGAGGUGGACACAGCCGGCGGUGAUCGAGUCGUUGAGACGGCCAUGGCGUUCAGCGAUCAAGGAAAGGCUCCGAUUCCACCAGAGUGGCAAAACGGUGAUUGGAUCGACGAUAUGUUGAGUUCAGAUCGAGUGAUGAGUUAUCUCGUUAAGGAUUCCGGCUUGAUGAAUGCGGAAUGUAGUGGUAGUAAAUCAACGCAAGGUCACAGUUCUAUUGUAGAUCAGCUGCAAUCAGGUUUGUGUAGGUUUCGGAGUGUACUAUUUGUGAGAGAAUAA